AUGACAGGAAAGAAGAUACGUCGAGUAGCAGUCAUCGGCGCCGGCCCAGCAGGCGCAAUUACAACCGAUGCACUCGUUAAAGAGCAAGCAUUCGAUACGAUUCGAGUCUUUGAGCGUCAGGAUGUAGCUGGAGGGACAUGGGUACUGACUUCCGGUGAUGAUGAGCAACACCAAUUCGGGAUCCCGUCGCUGGAAGAUCUAAUCAACCUACGUGCUGAUCUCAACGUCCCAAUUCCACAGAAUCUGACUGAAAAAAAUGCCUUAAUUGAGACGCCAGAAACGCAAGAAAUCAACUCCCGCCAACUCCGCUUCACGGACACUGGCGCUCAUGAACACCUUCACAGCAACUUACCACCUGAAAUCAUGAGCUUUUCUCAAGAACCAAUUCCCGCAGUGCUCUCAGAGCGAACACGAACACAACACGGUCCUGAUUCACCAUUCAGACCGCGCGAGGUAAUUAGGACAUGGGUUGAGGACGUCUUUCGACGGAAUGGGAACGAUAAAUUAAUUCAGUUCGGGACAUCGGUUGAACUGGCUGAAUAUAUUGAGCCGAAUCAGAACAACAACGAAGAAGGGGAAUGGGUUCUGACACUCCGCAAAUCUGUCCCAGGCCCUAGUGAAGGAAGGAAAAAGAAUGUAUGGUGGCAGGAACGAUUCGAUGCUGUUGUGGUUGCGACGGGACAUUAUUAUCUCCCUUUCAUGCCUAAGAUUCCAGGCAUAGUGGAGUUCGAUAGGAAGUAUCCCAGCAAGAUCAGACAUAGCAAGUAUUACCGCGGUACAAAGGAUUAUAUCGGAAAGAGAGUCAUCGUUGUAGGAGGCUCAGUCUCCGCAUUCGACGCCCUACACGAUAUCCGCGAAGUCUCAAAACUGCCAAUCAUCUCGUCAUUACGAAACCCCUCCCCUCUCUUCGGCACGAUCCCCUUUUCGCAUCCUAAUAUCGAGAAAAAACCACAUAUAACAAGCUUUGACUCUACAACAAAUACGAUCGCAUUCGCAGAUGGCUCUACCUUAAAAGGAGAAGAGAUUGAUAUAAUCCUCUUUGCAACUGGGUACGAUUUCAGUUUUCCUUUUUUGCCGGGUCUCAAAAACGUGCAUAAGAGGGUGCCGAGGUUGUAUCAGCAUAUUUUCAGCAUUGAGAAUUCUACUUUGGCGUUUGUAGGGAUGAUUACAGGAGGAUUUGGAAUUCGCUUCUUUGAAUGGCAAGCCGUCACCACAGCACGCGUACUAGCUGGAAGAGCUCAGCUCCCUGACCGGCAUGCAAUGGAGAAAUGGGAGCAAGCGCGACUGGCGCGACGAGGUGAAGGAGCGCCUUUUUGGACUCUCAUACCUGAGUUUGAGGAGUGUUUUGAGGAGUUGAGAGCUUUGGCUGGAGAGCCGGCGGCUGGAACGCCGGGGCGUGUGCUCCCUAAAUACGAGGAGGCGUGGGGAGAGGCGUUCUGGGGGUUGAUUCGGAGGAGGAAGGAGUGGUGGAAGAGAGCGGCUCAGGAGGCUGGUCAGACAUCGAGGACACAACUCAACGCCUACACAACGGUGAAAAACGACACAAUGGCCACCCGACCAGUAAUCGAAUACUACUUCUCCUUCAUUUCCCUCUGGUCCUACAUCGGCAGCAAGCACUUCCACCAGCUUGCCAAAAACCACGAUGCGCAAAUCAUCUACAAGCCUAUCGACAUAAUGCACACAUUUUCUGUGUCGGGCGGCCUCCCCGUCAAACAGCGUUCAACACAACGCCAGGCUUACCGUUUACUGGAGAUGAAGCGAUGGUGUCAGAUCCGUGGUAUCCCUAUUGUGCCGCACCCGAAAUAUUACCCUGCAAACCCAUCGCUGGCGCAUAGAGUGUUUCUCGCGGGUAUUGAGGAACUGGGUCACGAUCACGAAGCAAUCCAGAAAUUCGCGCAAAUAGGAUUGCAGACUGUCUGGGCUGAUGAAGGCGAUAUCGCGGAUCCAGCAACUAUAGUGCGCAUUGCGUCGGAGGCCGGGUUGGAUGGAGAGCGGUUGCUGCAACGUGCGCAGACCGAGGAGUCAUUGGUUGAAAAGGAAGUUGGGCUUGUGCGCGAGAUUGAUGCGCGCAGGUAUUUUGGGGCCCCUGUCUAUGUGUAUCGAGACGAGCCGUUUUGGGGGCAGGAUCGGUUGGAGAUGUUGGAUGAGGUGAUUAAGAGUGGGAGGGAAGCCCUGCCUUUGCCUGAGAACCUGGAUUAA